UUGAUUAUAAAUUUUGGAGCGAAAAUUUAUUUUAUUUUCUUAAGAUUAUCAUCGAUGGCGCUAUCAUCUGCGUUUAGAGAGAGGCUAGAGUACAUGGAACAUACAAAAAACCAACGUCUUUUUCUUCUCCAGGCAGAGAAAGAAUUGCAAGCAAACAAAUCGCAGGUUUUAGAGUCAAAGUUAGCAGAUAUACGUUCCAUGGAGCAGCGGUGUUUCAUUCUUGAUCGCAAUAUUGCGUUUCAAAACUUCAGAAUUUUAGCUCUAAAAUCUGAGAUUCAGAAACUAGACACCAAAUAUCAGGCCGAUUCACAUCAAUUGAGGGUUUUGAAAAGUGAAAUGGAAGAGCUGGGGAGAGUAGAGAAGGAGAAGGAGAGGUUUUAUGAGCUAAAACAUAAUGAAAUGACGGCGUUCAGGAAAAACGUGGAGGAUUUCGUUUCCGAAUCUCGAAAGCGAGUUAAUGAGUUGAAGAAUCAAGUGAACGAGCUGAACUCGACCUUCAUAGAACUUCGAGGCAAGAACGGAUAUUUGAGUAACUCUGAUAUAGCUGCAGCAGAGAUGAGAAAGUCAGAACUCCUUGCUGUGAAGGAGAAUUUGGACAAAAGUUUGGCUUCUAAUUACCAGAUCAGAUCACAGUUGCAAAUGCAGCUUCAGAGUAUAUUGAGCACACAAAAUCAAGAGAAAAAGCCAUCUCAAUUCCCUGCAAGUAAAGCUGGAAUGAAAUAGGCUUCACAGAUAAGUUCCGGGGAAAUAAAUUGCUGAAGCCUGUAUAUGGCAGAGGCCACUGUAUGGUGUUACAUAACAUUGCUAUAAGUGUAGCUUUGUGGAAAACAAUUUUGAGAAUUUUUAGUAUCCAAAUUAUUGGGCAAUAGUUUAGUAAUUUGAAUAUCUACCUAGCACUUGAAGAGUUGACCCUACAGCAGACUGUAUUCAGAAAUAUUACUACUGCUGCUCCUGCUAUAUUUUUUAGGUGGUUGUAAGCUAUAGAGAUGAGCAGCAAAUGGAUUAUCUACGGAGGCUCUAAUGUGUAUUAUGUAGUAAAAAUGCAGUUAUUCAUAAGGCUUUAGUUCAGUGUUUCUAAAAUAAUAAUGGUGUAUACACGACAACUAAUAGAUAGAUAUGAAUAUUUUAU